UUUGUAAUUGACCAUUUUCCUCAAUGUAGAGCUACUUAGUUUUCAUCCACUUAUCUGACGAAAAUAUUUAAUCUAAACAUUGGUUCAGCUAAAGGGUGACUGCAUUAGUGACCUAGUUUAGCGUGGAGAAUUUGUCGAGGACUUCUAGAGCAGCAGUGAUUUUGAGGGAGGAGCAGGGAGCUCCAGUGCCUACACUGUGUGGCCGCGGAGGGUUGGUUGUGUCCGGAUACGUGGUGGGGGUUGAGGCGGUCCCAGUCCCACGCACGCAUACAGGCAGAGUUGAGACGUAGCAGAGAACAGCUUAACAGACCCACCGCUGCCGACGCAAAGAUGGCACCCUCCAGAUAUUCCCCUUUCUUGUCUCUACUUGUAUUCACCUUUUCCGUUAGCGUAGUUUACUCUCAGUACGAACAAUAUAGUUUCAGAAGUUUUCCGAGGCAUGAGCUUAUGCCGUUAGACUCGGCGUAUAAAUACGCACUGGACCAAUACACCGGAGAGAAGUGGAAGGAGACUGUAGAUUACCUGGAGGUCUCUCUUAGGUUGUACCGGCUGCUCCGGGAUAGUGAGGCCUUCUGUAACCUCAACUGCAGCUCUGUGCGGCUGGAUAACGAGGAAAAGUUUUCGGAGUUCCCGGAGCUGCGUGUGUUCGGUAACGUGAUGAAGAGGGCGCAAUGUUUAAAACGCUGCAAACAGGGACUUCCAGCCUUCAGGCAGAGCAUGCCCAGCCGGGACACCGUGGAAGAGUUCGAGCGACGAGAGCCAUAUAAAUACCUACAGUUUGCCUACUUCAAAUCUGAUAACCUGGCCAAGGCUGUGUCUGCAGCCCACACUUUCCUGCUGAAACACCCAGAUGAUGAGAUGAUGCAGAGGAACAUGGCAUAUUACAAGAGCCUACCCGGGGCUGACGAACACCUGAAAGACCUGGAAACCAAGUCAUAUGAGACUUUGUUUGUUCGUGCGGUGAGAGCGUACAACGGGGACAACUACCGGACGUCGGUGUCCGACAUGGAGCUGGCGCUGAGGGACUUCUUCAAGGUGUUCGACGAGUGUCUGGCUGCGUCUGAGGGCUCCAGGGAGAUCAAAGACUUCAAAGACUUCUACCCCUCCAUCGCAGAUCACUACACUGAGGUGCUGGAGAGGAAGGUGAAGUGUGAGAGUGAGCUGACUCCUGUGGUCGGAGGUUUUGUGGUAGAGAAGUUUGUGGCGACCAUGUACCACUACCUACAGUUUGCAUAUUAUAAGCUGAAUGACCUGAAGAACGCAGUGCCCUGUGUGGCUAGCUACAUGCUGUUUGACCCCAGUGAUGAGGUCAUGAAGAACAACGUGGCCUACUAUCAGUUCCACAGAGAAAAGUGGGGUCUUGAAGAUGAAGACUUCCUGCCCAGAGCGGAGGCUUUGCGGUACUACAACCAGACAACCAUGCAGCUACAGAUGCUGGAGUUUUCUAGGCAGCACCUGCAGGGUGAUGAUGAGGGAGAAGUGUUCGAGUUUCUAGAUGAGUUCCUGGAUCACGAGCAGUAGCACGUUUUUUCACACACUGAAAGUAAAAAAGACCAGAUAGCGAAUGGACAAGUAGAGGGUUUCUAUGGGAACACCCUAACCUCUGACCCCUUCCCCUGUGCUGUAUUUAUUUGGUGGUUUGAGACGCUCUGAUCACAGUCGGUUUUAUAUUUACAUGCAGAUUUAGAUCCUAAAUUUGUUUUUUUAUACCUCUUGAUCACGUGCACUAACAUGUACACCUUAGAGGCAUGGACACAUUAGUGACUAAGGGAUGAGGAUGAUGAAGGUGGGGAACUCGCCGUCACUGCUGUGAGCUCACUCCUUUACGGAAUGUUCAUGAAAUCAAACUGUUCACUGAAAUAAUCAAAUUGUUGUUUUACAAUAAAGUUACAAAAAUGUG